AUGGAUGGAUCACAAGGUGAUUGUACAUCUGAUAAUGGUCGUAAGGGCUCAGGAAAGCGUGCAGCAGGGCAAGCCGAGACGGCAGCAGGGGCACAGCCGCUUAAUGCACCUUGUGGUGCAUGCAAAUUCUUGAGGAGGAAGUGUAUUAGCGGAUGCAUAUUUGCUCCUCAUUUUUUCUCCGAUCAAGGUGCCGCUCGGUUUGCUGCGGUGCAUAAGGUGUUCGGGGCGAGCAAUGUGUCGAAGCUUUUGUUGCAUAUUCCGGCUAAUCGGAGGCGUGAUGCUGUCGUCACAAUAUCAUACGAGGCUCAGGCCAGACUUUCGGAUCCGGUUUAUGGUUGUGUGUCAACAGUUAUUGCCUUGCAGCAACAGGUGACAUCUCUUCAAGAGGAGCUUUCAGUCGUGCAAACUCAGCUGAUAAAAAGUAGAUUUUCAAUGGUAAAUGCCCUUCAGAAUUCCCCAACACAGCAGCAGCAACAUGUUGCAGUGUCACAGCCAGCCUAUUCGAACACUUCUUCUGCUUCAAACUAUAAUCUUAUUAGCAUCAAAAAUUUCAACUACCCUUCUAACUUCGAACAAACUGCAGCUCCCUCCAAUAGUUUUGAGCCUAUUCGACUAUGCCCAUCUGGACAAGAUGACGAGGAGGAGGAGGAAGAAGAAGAGAGUCGUGAUCAAAUAGCAUUCACUAAUCAGAUAUGUCACUGA